AUGCUCGGUUUAUCCGUUGCUCAGCAACAGCAACCGUGUCGAGGGCAGCAGCAACCGCAACAACGGCAGUUUUCUCGUGCGGAGGCGCGAAGAUGCCUUUACUGCCAGCAGCAGGGAUGCCAGGGCCUACAGAGCUGUUGGUGGCCGCGCCUUCGGUCAUCCGCGUCGCGGUUUUAUCACAAGGCGCCAGCUGAUCUUCCACAGCAUUUUUGUGAUGGGGCGGCCAAGAGCGAACAGGAGCCUGUAAGCGUUGUCGAAGAAAACCUGCGCACACAAAUACGCGUCUUGGAGCGUGAGGUGGAGCUGCUCCGAACUGGCUUUCAGAAGGUUGCGUCUAUUAAAUGCCACGGCAAGACUGACGCCGCCACUAUGACUAGCCCCGCGCCGACUCUUGCCCCUGAGCCCUCCUCUCUGUUAUGCGGUCACAAUGCUGCGGUUAGUGGUAGUGAUAUUUCUUUGCCUAGAGGUACUGCCGCUCCCUCCUCGUUUUGUGGUGGCUUGCAACAGCAGAAGGAGAUGCCGCCGCCACCGCAGGAGCAGAAAACCUUAGAGGCGUGUAAUGCUAAUUUUUCCCAUUUACAAGGAGUAUUGGGAACGGGGGGGUCAACUAUAGUUAACAUGUCUGCCUCACCGCCACUCCAAGGAGUUGCAGGGGGGAAGGACAUGGCAGAGUUAAAGCAGCUUAUGUGCGAGUUGACUGCCCAGAACGCCAUUCUCUGCAGGAAGCUGGCGGAGAUGAAAGUUGUUGUGGAGCAGCGGGACGAACUUUUACAGUCCAUUGUGGUGCAGGGAUUGACGUCCGAUGCCGCGCCCGCCUCAUCCUCGGCGCAAGCGUCUACACUUCCUUCACUGCCCAGCCAGCCGAGAGAAUUACUGUUGCAUCUGAUGCAGACACAAGGGGAAUUAACCUAUUUUAGGGAGGAGACGCGGCAAUUGAGUGUAGCACUAAAAACUUGUGAGAAGAAUCUUCAGGAUAGCAACACGCUUGUAGAGGAGCUUCGACGACAGCUUCGGCAGUUGACACUUUCUUUGAAAGAGGACACUACUGCUCCUACCGUCAAUACUAAUGCCGCCGCUGCCGCCAUUACCACCACCAUGCCAUCCCUGCUGCCACCCCAUGCAAGUGACUCUUCACCGCCCACGAUAGCGGUAGUCGCGUCAGAAGCCAAAAAUAAAGGAUCCACCGUCAGUGCCAAGGAUGCUUUCACCGCUGCAUCAAGAGGAAUGAUGACAGCAGACGCGACAUCACUGACGGUGGAGGUGCGUGACCUUCAGGAGCGCUUGGCAGCCGCAGAACGGAAGGUUCUCGCUUGGGAACUGUGGUAUAGGAAACAGCCGCAGCGGCCGUCAUGCAAGGAGAGGGAGUCACAGACAAAGGUAACGAAGGCAACUGCGGCUGUACACGAGGGAGGCGCAGCUCCGUUGAACUGGAAAAUGGUACAUCAACCACCCAAAGUGUUGAUUCGUGCUUUGCCUCUGGAUGAUCCAACACGUUAUGUAAAAUUGAGUGGUACGCCCUCGUGUAAGCAAGAAACGGUGUCUGAUGCAUUGACAAUUGAUACCUAUGCCCUUAUAGCACGGGAGUCCGCCUUGCGUCAGGUAGCAGAGCAGGAACGGACCAAUCUCCUGGCUGCACUCAGCAUGGAAGGCGUAACCGACACGGAUCAGGAGGAGUGA